CCCUGGGCGUGGGGUACGCCGGGAGUUGUAGUUCCAGCUGACACAGUUUUAUCUAAUCUCCGGAAGUGAAGGCGUGAGAGGCUGAGCUAAACCGUCUCGGGGUAGCGGGACUUAGUGCUGAGGCACUGCUCCCGGGGCGAUCAUGAACGGGCCGGCGGACAGCGAGGUGGACUACAAGAAGAAAUACAGGAACCUGAAACGGAAGCUCAAGUUCCUCAUCUACGAACACGAGUGCUUUCAGGAGGAACUGAGGAAGGCGCAGAGGAAAUUGCUGAAGGUGUCCCGAGACAAGAGUUUCCUCCUAGACCGACUCUUGCAGUACGAGAAUGUGGAUGAAGAUUCUUCUGACUCAGAUGCUACUGCAUCUUCAGAUAACAGCGAGACAGAGGGAACACCCAAGUUGUCAGACACACCAGCCCCCAAGAGGAAGAGAAGCCCUCCGAUGGGGGGAGCCCCCUCUCCCUCCAGCCUCUCUCUGCCUCCUUCAACAGGGUUUCCCCUUCAGGUCCCCGGAGCCCCCUCCCCAUACCUGAGCUCGCUGGCUUCCCCCCCCUACCCCCCAUUCCCUUCUGACUACCUGGCCCUGCAGCUGCCCGAGCCCAGCCCCCUGAGGCCCAAGCGGGAGAAACGGCCCCGCCUGCCCCGGAAACUGAAGAUGACGGUGGGACCCCCCGACUGCCCUGUGGGAGGGCCGCUGACCUUCCCCAGCCGCGGUUCUGCGGCUGGAGUGGGGGCAGCCCUGGCCUCACUGCCACCCCCUAAGAUGCCCCCUCCCACAAUCCUGAGUGCAGUCCCUCGGCAGAUGUUCAGCGACGCAGGCAGCGGGGAUGACGCCCUGGAUGGUGAUGAUGACCUGGUGAUUGACAUCCCGGAGUGACCCCCACCCCUGCCCGAGCCCCUGUCCAUCGCCCCCUGUGCCAACACACAUGAGCCCCGAGCUUCCACAGAGACAUUUAUUGACGCCCAGUUGCCAUGCUGCGGCCACUGACACAAUCAGAAAAGGUGUAAACAUGCACAAAAGUCCCCUGGAAGGGGGACCUCACCGGGGAGGGCAGGGGUCUGCCCUCACAUCCUGGCCCCAUCGUGGGGGCGGGUAUUUUAAAUGAGUGGCUGGGAAUACCUGCCACCUCCGGGAGGGGUGGAGACCCUGUGGUGCGCCCCCAUGCUCCCCCCACCUUUUUAAAAGGGCAGCUGUACAGGGCUAGGUGUUGUGUUAUGUUUUGUUUUGUUUUUUAAACAAAGAUUCUUUAUUAAAGGAGUGGCUCUGUU